AUGUCUAUUAAUACAGCAAAUACACCAGAUGGUCAAGGUGUUUUAUUAUUCAAUGGAGAGACUAUUGUGAUUUUUGCACAAGGAGUUGAAAUGACAUUAGGAGCAAGUGAUAAUUUGGUUAGUUUUUCAUUCUUGAAACGUGACAAAAAAAACUUUGGCCAAAUUUAAAUCUUUUAAUUUUAGAGCAUAGAAAAAAUUUCCAAGAUUAUUUUGAAAAUUUCCAUUUUUUGACACCAACACGUAGCGUUGAAUUCUGGCUUUCGGGAAGAAAGUCCUUGUGGUUUGCAAAAAUCAUUUAUGUGAUUUUUAGAAGUUUAUCAAAGAUAGACGAAUAAUCUUUACAGAAUAUCUUAUUGAGAUAAUCUUUCUGGAUAAUAUACAUAGUUAAUCCAUAUUUUCAUUUUUCUAAAACCUCAAAAAUCUUGCAGAAUUUGGCUGGUCGAAGAACUGGAACAUUGUAUCUCACGUCACACAGAAUCAUUUUCAUGCCAGAUGUUGUCGAAUUUUUGAAAUCGUUCGAAAUUCCUUUCAAUAAUAUGCAAGAUGUUCAUUUGGAGCAACCAAUUUUUGGCGCGAAUUAUUUGCGUGGAAUCGCAUCGGCUGUUCAAGGCGGAACUAUGCAAGGAGAAGUUAAAUGGAGAAUGACAUUCAAUCGAGGUGGAUGUAUUGAAUUUGGACAGGCAUUGUUGAUUGCAGUUGAACGAGCACAACAAAUGAGACCAGCAAAUGCACCACCGCCAUAUUCUCCACCACAAGGUGCAUAUUAUUCUGCACCACCGGCAUAUUAUCAACCAGCAACUGGUCAAGGUAAUUCUUUUGUUCAUAAUGGAUUUCAACUACUUAAGACCAAAUAUCAAUUCUAACUUUCCUAUUUUCUAUUUUCAGAUUCAAACGGAUACAAUCCACCAACAGAUUCAUUCCCUGAUCAACCAAAUCCUUCGCGUGUUUUCAUUUCUGGUGCUCCUCCACCAUAUCCUGGAAUCGGACCAGAAAGACCACCUCAACCAACUGAAGAACUUCGUGUUGCUGGACAAUUCGAAGCACCGCCUGCUUAUGAAGGAGCAGAAGUUAGGCAAAGAAGAAAUUGA